CACUCCGCUUGGAGAUUACACAUAGUGGUCCUGGUCUUAAGGGAUAAAGGGAAGGGAUAAAGCUCUCUCUAAGACUUUCUCAUUCAGAGCCAGCAGGUGCAAGACAUCACACAAACUGGACGUGACUCUGAGGACCAGCAGGAAAACUUCCACUAAGAAGGGAACAGAAACCAUUUAAAACCUCUAUCAAGCAGGACCAACCAUGGACAUGGAACAAAUCUACGAGUAUAUAGGAAAGGAAAACGUGACCACGUAUGCCAUUGGAGCGUUCGUGUUGCUGUGGGCACUGAUAUGGCUGAUCCGAGACAGUCAGGAAAUCGACAAAAUCAGUGAGAAGUACGUAUUUGUUACUGGCUGCGACUCCGGCUUCGGGAACCUACUGUGCAGACGGCUGGAUAAGCGAGGUUUCAACGUGCUGGCCGGCUGUCUAACAGAAAAGGGUGCAGACGACCUGAAAAGAGUGACGAGCCCCAAACUGAAGACAUGUUUAUUGGAUGUGACGAACACUGCCAGUAUUCAGAAAGCAUAUGAAUGGACACAGAAAGAAGUUGGAGAUAAAGGUCUGUGGGGAAUAGUAAACAACGCUGGCCGGGCCUUACCCAUGGGUCCCUCUGAGUGGAUGCGGAAUGAGGAUUACAUCUGCACCCUGAGGGUGAACAUGAAUGGUGUGAUUGAGAUGACCACACAAUUCCUUCCACUAAUCAAAAAAGCCCGUGGCCGGAUCGUCAAUGUGGCUUCAGUGCUGGGCAGAGUGGCAGCUAAUGGAGGCGGCUACUGCAUCUCCAAGUUCGCAGUGGAAUCUUUCUCUGAUUGCCUCAGGAGGGAUAUUCACUAUUUCGGGAUCAACGUCUGUAUAAUUGAACCUGGAUUCUUCAAGACUCAGGUGACCAGCCUGGAGCCAAUAGAAAAGGAACUUCAUCGGCUGUGGAACCAACUGACACCUGAAGUAAAAGCGAGUUAUGGAGAAAAAUACCUUGAUAAUUACAUCAAGAUCCAGAGGCUGAUCAUGAAUGCUAUUUGUGACCCAGAUAUAAGCAAAGUGACCAACUGCAUGGAGCAUGCGCUGACAUCCGCUCACCCACGGACCCGCUACAGUGCCGGCUGGGACGCCAAGCUGCUCUGGAUCCCCAUCUCCUACAUGCCUGCCUGUGUGGUUGACCUGGCCUUAAAACUGGUGCUGCCCCGGCCAGCUCAGAGCGUUUAGUGUUUAAACUCGCCUUUCCAUUUACAUUAUUAGCCUUUUUACAGGGAGGUUCAGGUCAUUUAGGUGUGUAGGCAGGGCUGGCAACAGAGCUAAACCAAUGAGUCAGGCCUGUAAAAAAACACCAGGGGGCAGCAUUUACAUGUUUCCGUUCAUUCUGAGGCAUCUACAGUUUUGUACCAUAGCAAUUAGUGCAAAAACAAGUUUUGCCCCAAAGUCCUUACAAUAUAAUCACUCAGUGGUUUAAGAAUACUUUUUUUUUUCUAAUCCAUAUCAGUUAUCACAGGACUUUUGUUUUGAAAGGUGUUGGGGAUCGUUUUUGAUAUUUUUUGGUUAACUAGAACCACUCUUAUUAAUUACAUUCAAUUAUAACUCAAUCAAUUUUUCACAUGUUUGCAAAUAAAAAGUAAGAAAGUCCUCCACAAAAAUUAACAGAAUAGUAAGUCAGACUAUACUGAACGAAGGAUUAAAGGAAAAUAUCACUUCAGCCUAUACAAUGUUAUUGGACCGGAACUAGUAUUGUUUCCCAAGCUAAAGGAUGAUGCAUUAACCUGAGGGAAAGGUAUGUGAGCGGACUGAAUGUGGACAUGAUGAGUCUAGUCGGGCCGCGCCAAUCACAGUUACCAUCAACUGAGCAGUCUACUGAGCCAGGAACUGACUUCUUUGCCAUAUUUCUAGUAAACACAUGAUACUGUGGAUCAAGGAAUGUUAAAUGACAACACAACUUCAGAAAUGGAAUGUCCCAUUAUUCAUCUGGCACCUACAAGGCCUUCUUGCAAUUCCCAUAAUUAUUGUUGCCUUACCAUGAGCACACUGGCCAGUAUUCAGCCUCACUUACAAGAUAACACCUCACAACUUAUACAGAUGUAUGAAGCAAUACUUUAUAAUCAGUUUACAUAUUGCUAUCCCAUGUUUGGCAUUUCAGUGUUUAUGGAGAUUACUCUGGCCAAUUUAGAUUAAUUGUUUUGUGAUGUCAUAAAUAAACACCUAUUUAGGUAUAUGUCUCAAAAGAGCGGUUGGAAAUUAUCAGGGUAAAUGAAUGGAAAUGUGUGGUUUCACAAACAGAGAAAGUAAAGUCCUUUGAUUUGCAUUAUGUGAUAAAUUGUCUUAGGACCAUA